AUGAGAAGAUCAGGAUUAUUAGUACUAAUCUUAUUCUGUUCUGCUGUUGGUAAUGCACCAGUUGAAGUUGCUAUCGGUGCUAUUUUUCCGUCUUCUCCUCCUGUAUUAGAAGAAACAUUUCGGCUAGCAAUAAACAAUAUAAAUUCAGAUUCGAAUUUAUUACCCAAUACGAAACUGAUUCCGAUUACAGAGAAUGCUUCUACACAAUUAGAACUUAUUAGAGCCGUGUGUAAUUUAGUGGAUCAACGAGUGAUAUCGAUAGUCGUACCGCUGACAUCUUUUGAUUCCAAAAUUGCCCAAACUGUGUGUGGCCAAUUGGGAAUACCGCAGAUUAGUAUCUUGGCCACAGACCCGAUGUUAUCUUUAAUACCGAUUUUGAACCAAUCGUCGUCUACACUUUUGAAAAUGUCACCGCCGGAUACAUUUCAGAAUCACGCCUUAAUACAUAUCUUGAAAUAUUAUGGAUGGGAUGCUUUCGCCAUUUUAACAGAAGAUAAUGAAGCAGCAAUUCAUGCGACAAUGGAACUUCAAAGACUAGCUACGAAAUACGAAAUUACACUGCUUUCUAUACAGAGAUUUCCUUUGUCCGACUCAAAAUCUCUCAAUAUAACAUCACAAUUGAACGACAUAAAGGAAAAGGACGUGAGAAUAAUAAUUCUUUAUUGUUCAAUAACGAUAAGUAAAACUGUUAUAAAUCAAGCUGAUCGCAUGAACAUGUUUCGUUCUGGAUGGAUCUGGCUCGUUAUGGAUAGCAUUACAUCAUUCAGCUUUACAUACUUAUCAGACAAUGACGGAUAUGUACCAUCUUCUUUAGUCGGAUUAAUAGGAACGGCAAUUGUGGUUCCCGACACUAUUUUAUAUUUAAAAUUACCGAAUCAGUUAAAAGAGAAAAAUUUGGGAAAUCAAUUAGAGAAUGAGCAAGCUUUCACUCGUGUGUAUGAUGCAGUGUUAGCAAUUGCCAACGGACUUCACAGAAUUCUUUACGAAGAGAAAGUAUCUUUCGAACUUCCUACUUUCCAAAAAGGAAGUUGUGCCGAUUCUGUCAAUGAGUGGAAGCGGGGUAGAAAUUUGUUGGAAAGUAUUCUCAAUUUGAAAAAUGUUAAUGGGAGUUUAGGACCUUUAAAGUUCACAAAAUUUGGUUACCAUCAUCUCACCAGUUUUGACAUCGAAAAUCUUCAAAUGAGAGGUUUCGUUAAAGUAGGAAAAUGGUUAGAAAAAGAGAAAAGCUUGAAGAUUAAUUCAGAAAUCAUAUUUCCUGGACAAACUACAAUUCCUCCAAAUGAAUCUCAUCAUAGACUUUUCGGAAGAACACUUAAUAUUGGAAUAAUUUUAGAUGAGCCCUUUAUAAUGAAAAAUCCUUAUUAUAAAGAAGGAGAUCCAAUGCAUUCUAAAUACGAAGGAUUACUUAUAGAUCUUCUUUUAAAAUUACAAGAAAUACAUGAUUUCAAAUUUGAAUUACAUGAAACUAAGGAAUAUGGAAAUAAAAAUGAGGAAACAAAAAAAUGGAAUGGAAUAGUUAAACAAUUAAUGGAUAAGAAAAUAGAUUUGGCACUAGCUACCUUGACGAUAUCCUGGAAAAGGCAACAAGUUAUCACCUUUACAGCUCCAUACUACGAUUUAGGUUUGGCUAUAUUAAUGCCGAAAUAUAAUGCAAAAACUAAUCAAAAUUAUUUCGCAUUUUUAUCACCUUUCGAAACAACAGUGUGGCUUACCAUUGCUGUGUCGGUGAUUUUUACUUCCCUCGUGCUCGCAGUAUGUGUAAAUUUAACACCAAGUAAUUUUGACAAUAGAAAAAAGGAGAUAGGGAAAGCAAAUCAAAGCGUUGGCGAUUCUUCUUCGUUCACUUUUCCUCCCUUGCCAGAUGUCCUGCCCAUUGCCAUUUGA